AUGUUUCCCAGUGUAAAGGACCGAGCACGACAACUGUUUGGAGAGGCUGCUGUCCCCGACACUCCACCUCCACCUCCAGUCGCAACUGGUAGGAGAGGCGCUCCGAUAAGGGCGACAACAGCGGCGACAACAGCCAAGUCGACCCCAGAACCAAAACCACAACCAAAAACACCUGCGAGACCCUCGAGAACCGACCCCAAGUCCAAAAAGACUGCGCCACCGCCGCCGGUCGAAGAGACACCAAAGCCUAUAGGCUCAUGGCCGAGCCCGUUUGAACAAUUCAAGGCGAGAGCGGCGCCACCACCAGCAAAGGUGACGCCGCCAACGCCAUCAAAAGCUGCCACAUCCAAGUCGGCGAAAUCAGCUUCCGUAGUAUCGAAGUCAGUCAAGUCUUCCAAAGAAAAGGCCGAAAAGCCUUCAAAACCAAGCGAGAAGAAAUCACGCUCAAAAAGCCCUCCAACCGCCAAAGCCGCACCUGCCCCCAAAAAGGCUCCCGAACCCAAAAUCGUUGCAAAGAAGAAAGUCGAAUCAAAACCCGCCUCGGAACCCAAAAAACCCACUCGCCCCAGUCUCUUCUCCCGCGCCGCCUCGUCGACCUCGCGCCCCAAAAUCCAACGCUCCUCGUCCUCAUCCUCGCUCGACUCGAGCUCCGAAGAAGACAGCAGUUCCUCCGACGAAGACUCGGAAGACGAAGACGACCUCCGCGCAGCCUGCAUGCGCGAAGUCUCCAAAAUCACGGCGCUCAAGGGCAAAAACCUCGCCAUCCAGCUCCGCCAGCGCUCCUCGGGCGGCUGGUACGCUGCCCUCAAAGACGUCGGCGCAGACAAGUACCUCAAGAUGUGGAUGAAUCGCGAUAAGACGUUUGACACGCAAGAGGAGGCGCUCGAGGCGUAUCUUGUGUUUGUGAAGAAGAUGGGGGCCGAUGUUAAGCUUUUUGGGCCCUUGAGUCCCAAAGUUGGCGGGAGGGGGAGGGGUUUUUUCUCUUAG